UUAUUUAUUGUUUUAGUCAGAGCGGGUCUUUAAAAUGUGAAAAUAUGUGUACAAACAUAAAACUACAAAUGCAUCAGUUAACCUAUUUUGGCUUCAUGCCGCCCGCCCACCAGCGGUUGCAUCCAGGCGGCCCACGCCGCUCUGUCAUCCCUGGUUUAGCUUUGGGACUCCCACCGUUUGAUGCAACAAAGUUGUUGUGCAUUAACGGGAGCAAAAGCUGAUCAUCUGCUGAGGACAUUUUAGAAAAGCCUUCUUUCUUUUCAAUUUUAGGAGGAGAACUGCACACUCACACGUUUGCUCCACCUCCAUCUCUCUUCUCCUCUAUUCAACCUUUGACUUUGGAAUUGAGGUUCUGGAAAAGCCAUGGAUGAUCUGUUCCUCUCAAUGCAAAACAAAGGACUUUUUAGGCUCUUAUUUAUCAACACAGGCAAAGUAUUUCACCAUGUGUUUUUUUAGAUGAGCUGUUGGUUUUAUGGUGAUUUUUCAAACUUUUCCAGCACCCUCCUUCCUGCUGAGGCGUUAGGAAGCCUCCACAGUCCAGGUUUCUCUCCUCCAACUGUGAUGUUAGGAGGAGAGGCAGAGAGGGAGGGGGUGAUUGAGCGCAAAAGGGGGCAGGACUUCAACUCUCCGGGUUCUAUUAAGAGCAAACUUUGUGUUUUUGUUCUCCAAGUUCAGCUCCGUCCCUUCCAGGCUCCGCACUCUCCCUCUGCGGCUCGGGGUUGGUCUCCUCACCUGCCGGCGUACUACCGAACCCCGACACUGGGCGGGAGGAUGCGCUUUUCGGGGAGCCUCAGAGGCGUCUCUCCGGCCGGUCCGAGGCUGUUUUAGAGGGAGCAUAGAUGUUCUCGGGACUGGAAUGAACAAUGGUGCGGCUCCUUGGAGCUCUGACUGUGGGCAUGUUGCGGUGUCUCCUGCUGCUGCUGCUGCUGCUGUGCGCCGUGGAGGCGCAGCUGGCAGCCGAGGUGCCGACUUUCCAGGGGUUUUAUAUCCAGCCUGCCGGCGGGACGCGGUUCACACCUGCGCGGCGGACGGACGGGGUGGUGCGGACGAUUGACCGGAUUUACCACGGUGGGGGGAAAGUGGGCUACCUGGUGUACCUGGAUGGGAGGCGGUUCCAGCUGGACAUGGAGCGGGAUGAGUCGGUGCUGUCGGAUCACUUUAGUCCCCAGUAUGUGAUGGCUUUGAUGGGGCAGAGCUCCGCACCUUCGCAGCGGGAGUGCGCGUACCGCGGGACGGUCAACUCGGAGCCGGAGUCGCUGGCCGUCCUCAACCUCUGCGGCGGGGGUCUGGAGGGUUUCUUCGCCGUCAACCAGUCGCGCUACACCAUCACCCCCAUCAUCAGGGCGAGGGGACACGAGCACGACGUGCGCGCGCUGCAGGACAAGGACGCGGAGAGCGCGCUGCACGUUUUUACGCGCGAAAGUUUUCGUUUCGAGGCGGCCAACGACGGGCGCGAGAGCUGCGGCACGCGCGACAGGGCACGCAGAGGGAGGAAGAGGAAGCCGCACAACAGGGAGGAUGAGGGUGGCGCGCGGCGCAGGAGGUCAGUGUCCCGCGCCAGGCACGUGGAGCUGCUCCUGGUGGCGGAUGACAGCAUGGCCAAGAAAUACGGGAAGGACCUGAACCACUACCUGCUGACGCUGGCCUCCAUCGCCUCGAAGCUGUACGGACACGCGAGCAUCGAGAACCCCAUCCGGCUCUCCGUGGUGAAGCUGGUGGUCCUCAGCGAGCGGGAGAAGGGUCUGGAGGUGAGCAAGAACGCCGCAGCGACGCUCAAGAGCUUCUGCAAGUGGCAGAACCAACAGAACCCGCUGGAUGACGACCACCCGCACCACCACGACGCGGCCAUCCUCUUCACCAGGCAGGACCUCUGUGGCCAUCACUCCUGUGAUACUCUGGGCAUGGCGGACGUCGGCACCAUCUGCUCCCCAGAAAGAAGCUGUGCCGUCAUCGAGGACGACGGGCUUCACGCGGCUUUCACAGUGGCUCAUGAAAUCGGUCACCUACUGGGCUUAUCCCAUGAUGACUCCAAGUUCUGUGAGGAGCGCUUUGGGGUAAAUAGUGACAAGCGGCUCAUGUCCUCCAUUCUCACCUCCAUUGAUGCGUCCAAACCCUGGAGCCGCUGCACCUCAUCCACCAUCACAGACUUCUUCGACGACGGUAACGCUGAGUGUCUCCUCGACUCCCCACGUCAGUCCCUUCUCGGCCCGGAAGAGCUACCAGGUCAAAGCUACGAUGCCGUCCGCCAAUGCCGCCUGGCCUUUGGUCCAGAGUACACCGUCUGCCAUGGCAUGGACGUCUGCUCUCGACUGUGGUGCUCAGUGAUUCGCCAGGGACAGAUGGUGUGUCUCACUAAGAAGCUGCCGGCGGUUGAGGGAACUCCCUGCGGGAAGGGACGCAUCUGCCUGCAGGGGAAGUGUGUGGACAAGACCCGCAAGAAGCACUACUCGACGUCCAACCACGGCAGCUGGAGUUCUUGGGGUUCUUGGGGUUCAUGCACGAGAACCUGUGGAGGUGGGGUGCAGUUUGCGCAGCGUUUAUGCAACAACCCACCACCAAGGAACAACGGGCGCUACUGCACCGGGAAGAGAGCCAUCUACAGAUCCUGCAACGUCACUCCAUGCCCACCAUCAAAUAAAACUUUUCGCCAGGAGCAAUGUGAAGCCCGAAACGGUCCCCAGACCGAUCCUAAGGGAGUCAAAACCUUUGUUGAGUGGGUGCCAAAGUAUGCAGGUGUUCUUCCAAAAGAUGUCUGCAAGUUAACCUGUAGAGCCAAAGGUACCGGGUACUACGUGGUGUUUUCACACAGGGUGGUGGACGGGACAGAAUGUCGCCCCUACAGCAGCUCGGUGUGCGUGAAAGGGAAAUGUGUGCGUACAGGCUGCGAUGGCAUCAUCGGCUCUAAGCUACAGUAUGACAAGUGUGGUGUAUGUGGGGGCGACAGCACAGGAUGCAUUCGGGUCGUUGGGAAUUUCACAAAAAAAAGCAAAGGCUACACGGACAUAGUAAAGAUCCCUGCUGGCUCGACGCACAUCAAGGUUCGUCAACACAAGGCUAAGGACCAAACCCGCUUCACUGCCUACUUGGCCUUUCGACGGCCCAAUGGAGAGUACCUUCUUAAUGGCAAGUUUAUGAUCUCUACUUCAGAGACAAUCGUCCCUCUCAACGGUUCUUUGCUCAACUACAGCGGCUGGAGUCAGCGGGAUGAGUGGCUUCACAGCAUGGGUCCUGGAGCUCUUCAAGAACCUUUGGUAGUCCAGAUCCUUGCUACAGAUGCAAAAAAACCAUUGGACGUACGUUAUAGUUUCCUCAUGCCACGAGUGACAUCUCCACAGCAACUGUUAGCUCCAAAGUUGACACAGUCACAGAGCACCACCACAACGUCUAGCACAACAGGAACCACCUCCACAACCUCUAGCACCACUAUGUCUUCCUUUACUCUCCCUGCUUUGAUCCAAGGACCAGUGGCAGCACUUGGCCCCUCACCUCCUACCGCAGGGCCCCAGUGGGUGACGGGAUCUUGGAUGGCAUGUUCCAGGACAUGUGACACUGGAUGGCAGAGCAGGACAGUUCAAUGCAAGGACCAACAUGGAAAACUAUCUAAGAACUGCCUGAUAGGUGUACGGCCCUCCGCCUUCAGGCACUGUCUGGUAAAGAAAUGUUAAGGUUGCAGUUUUGGACAAAAAGGACUUGUUGGAAAACACUGUUAUCCCUAGAUGUCUAAAGUGGUGGAUGUAAGACAAUGAACCAAUGAAUUAAAACACAAAACCUUAAACUGGAUUGUAAAUGUUGGCGAAUAAAGCCAGGACAAGGAGAUUUAAUGAAAGACUGAUGUGGAUGUGCGUGACUAUAGCCCAGAGAAAUGACCUAUGCAGAGCUCAAGCAAAACAGCGUACCGCUUUGGAACAGCUAAGGAUCCAAGUUGCAUAUAAUUUCCACAGUAAAAAAAACUAUAUUUGUCUUUACUUUGGUUCAAUCCUGGAAGUGUUUGGGAUUGUUCCCAAUGAUGGCAUGUGUGUCUUUUUAUGGCUCUAUGUGUCGUCAUUGCCGUCACAUAUGUUUGCCCUUUGUGCCCGAGACAAGAGCCCCAACAAUGGGAAAUGCUUGAUGUUGAUUACUUGCACGGCUACCUUGCUCCAGAGCCUGCAUUCUACACAUGAUGCCUCUAAAUCGCUCAUUCCUGCAUGUUUACCUUGAAAUGUGAUAGAAGAAUCUUAGGAAACACUGACCCACCAGAUCAAGAGUGUCAAACCCCAGUUCUUUAGAGUCCAGCUGGUUUUCAGAUAUCCCUGCUCUCUGUGAUUACCUGAAACAGGUACUCAUCUUAAGGACCAGCACAGGUGGGGGUAGUUCAAAACAGGUCAAAGACCCUUGAGGAUUAGAUUUUGGCAUUCCUGCACUAGACUGUUGAUCUUUGUUGCAGUAUUCUUCGCUACUGCUACAUAAAUCUUCAGUUAUUAAGAUUGAUUCCAUUAGAUGAUAAUGACCUAUUUUUAAAACACAAAUUCCUACUAUAGUGUAUGUGUUCAUGUACUACAGCCUUGGAUCAGGAACGGCGAUAUCUCAAACUACGAAACUGUUAAACUGAAGUGCUUAUUCAAAGAAAAUUGUCUUCCAAAGUCUUCCAAAGUGGUCAGCAUCAUGUGUAGGAUUUUCACGUUUUGAAAUAUGCAGCCAAGAACGACGUGGAAAAUCCACACAUUUUGGAUUCUGGUCAGCUGAAAUAUGCAGUUCUGUGGAAUUACAGCUAAGAAAGAAAGUUCUUCCAGGAAACACAACUGGUUGUACUGAUUUUGAUCAUAUUAUCAGUGUAGAAGCAGCUCCAGUGUUUUGGGAAAACCAACAAAAGAGUUAAACCAAGAUGCAGUUUAAUAAUUAUGAAGCUUCAUGAUGACUCAAUGGUUUGGGGGAAGCUGUCCACAUUGUAUUAAUAUUUGUCUGGAGCCCUUUUCACACAUGAAACAAUACAGUUUUAGUUUAUCAGACUGAACCGCAACAGAGUUGCAAAAGAGCCCAACAAAUCAGGAAUUUGUGACAGGUUUAGAAGUUGUAUAAAACAAAAAAUUAUGCUAAAAAGUAAUUAAAUUAUGAGGACUUUGUGUUGGGUAUUUUCUAAGUUCAUGUGAGUUUCACUCCAAAACUGGUGUAAAUGAUUUUUUAUUGAACGGAUUUCAUAAAUUAGCCAAUUAUUUUUAUGCUUUAAAACAAAUUUUCUUUGGAUUUAAAAGAACUAAAAGAAAAAAUUGAAUUUACUUUAAUAAUGUAUGAAGUCUUGCACUAAAAGUAAAAAAAAAAAAAAAACAUAAUUUCUCUGGACCCAAAAGUAAGUUAUUUUUCAAUGGGUGAUGUCACACUCACUCGAUCAAGGUUUCAUAUACAAUCGGUGAGGCAAACCAACCUGCAAACAACUUUGCACCCUAUGAGUCAGACCAUAGUGGAAGAUAGAAAAUCUGCUCCAUGGGCCUUUUUCUGCACGGCAACAAGCCCUGCUUUCCAUUUAUGGGUUAAUGAGAAACCAACUGAAAUUGUUUCAUUUUAGCAAAAUAAUUCACCUGAGCUGCUGACGAAUCGAUUACUUCCUGCUAACUAUUCAGACGUAAAUGUGUGGAAGGGGCUCAUGUAAGCAAACGAAGCGCUCGCACAUUGCUGUCUCCAAAACUUCCAAAUCAAACAGUAUAUUCCAUGAAUAUGUGUUUUUGUCCUUUACAGUGUCUUAAAGCUUUUUCUUUCUGACUUAUAUCAUCGUUGUAAGGUUUUGUUUGUGUUUCUGUGACCGGGUGGGUGAGUGCUGUCUCUAACAAACUGCCUGUAUGACAAUGUGUGCCCUGGAAACUGGCAACGACAGCAAUGGAUUUCAAUGCUUUUUUGUUGUUCUUAUUUGUUUUUUUAUAAGGUGACAAAUAUAGUGGAGGACUUUCAGAUAAGUUAGGAUCAAAAUCUACAUAAACAGACAUUUUGGGAAAACAGGACAAAGGCCUGAACAUCAGAUGUGAUUCUUGCAUAAAUGGAAAAGAGGGCAAAAGUUUUUGAAUUAGCGACAAAACCAACGGGAAGUUGUACAUUGUUUUUCACGAUGCAGACUUCUUUAUCUUUAGGCAAAGUUGUGAUUUUAGUCCUACUAAUAGACUGAAACUGUUAGGCUGCAAAAAUGAGCCAUCUACGAAUCCUAAACCUGUUUGUUUGGUGGCUCGACACAAAUGCUGAGAAGUUUCAGUAAAAACAUCUCGUGUUAGCUUGUUAGCACCUGCUAAUUUGGGGUACAACUCAACACAAAAAUGACAACCAACCGGAUAAAAACUGAUCAAAAACAACCAAACUUUACUUUGUUUUCAUGAUUCGGAAACAUGUUUGUUUUCACCUCAGGCUUACGUCAACCAUCAGGUCAUUUAUUGUUUAUUAAUGUUUAAUUAGGUCAACUUAAAAAAAAAACAGCAAGAUUGUACUUUAUUUUAGUAAAUGUGUAAAGAAUGUACAUCUGUGUUAAGACAAGCCUUUCUCCAUGAAGGCCAAUUUAUUGCAUUAAAAAUUCAAAGUAUUCUGAAAGAGAUGACCUCAGCUCUCAUGGAUAAUUAGGCAUAACGAAGUGAGCAACAUAUCUAGAGGGCUUGGAAAUAACUUUAUGUCAUUGUGUUGCAAUGUCUGGCACCCAUUAUCCUUUCCUGUGUGGGGAACCUCACCCGUUUGGCUCCCACGCGGGAGAAAAGCCUCCCUGUUUUUCAGUGCAUGACCCAGGUCAGCGUACCUCUCACAAAAAACCCAUGCUGAAAUACUAGCAUAAAGUCGCCGUGUUUGUGCAGUGAUUACACAUGUCUGAAUGCAACCAUAUUCAGAGAAAAAUGUGCGAAAAAAAAUCCUAUUUCUACCAGUUUUUUCCGAUAUUGCUGGCACUCUCCCAUCAGCAAAACUCUGCUCAAUGAGCGACAGAAACAGCACUGAAAUUUGUAAUUUAUUGUUUGUACAACUGGUAUGUGUGAAUAAAAAACAAAGAACAAGGAGAUUAUCUGUAUUUAUUCUAGUCAUUUUGUAUCAAAUAUCUAUUUAACUGAGAAUUAUGACCUUCUGAAUCACACUGAUGUAAGUAAAGUGUUUUCUUUUUUAGUAUGCUACAAAUGUAUUUGUAUAUAAACUAUAAAUAUGUAUGUUUGAA